UUAAUCCGAGACUUAUGUACCUUCUUCGAGUUGAUAAUGAGCGAUAAUGAUUACGUAUGAGGUUUAAAAAUACCGACGUUCGCUCUUCUGCGUCGUUACAAUCUGGAUAAAAGAAAUGCGUGAUUACCGGCACCGGAUUUCCAUGAAAGAACGUUUUUUAAUGUAAUGGGCGAGAAGUCAUGGCGGCGAUUACGACAAAGUUAAAAUUCCAGAUGUGAAUAUAUCGUGCAAAAAUUUGUUUCCCUUCGGACAGCAGAAUUUUUUAGAAUAUUUUUUGCAGCUACGGUGAUCUGCAACUUGCCAACUUGUUCAACAUGGCGGAAAAACGAUUGGACUUGGUAAUAUUUGGAGCAACAGGCUUCACAGGAAAACAUGCAGUCAAAGAGGUUAAUCGAAUUGCCAAGGAGAAAUCGCUUUCUUGGGGUAUUGCUGGCCGUCGUAAAGAAGCACUAGAAGCAGUCUUAAAAGAAUAUGCAUCAGAUUCUGAAAAUAUUCCCAUCAUACUGGCAGAUUUGAAGGACGAAGAUGGGAUUAAAAAGAUGGUAGAACAAGCAAAGGUAAUAAUUAAUUGCUGUGGACCGUAUAGAUUUUAUGGGGAACCCAUUGUAAAGGCGUGUAUCGCUGCUGGUACACAUCAUGUCGAUGUCAGUGGAGAACCUCAGUAUAUGGAACGAAUGCAGUUGGAAUAUAAUAAAGCAGCCCAAGAAGCUGGAGUGUAUGUAAUCAGCGCCUGUGGUUUUGAUAGCAUACCAUGUGACUUGGGAAUAAUUUUCACGCAACAAAAAUUUAAUGGAGAAAUAAAUAGCAUCGAAUCGUAUUUGAAGGGCUGGUCGACAAGUAAAAUUACAGGACCACAACUUCACUAUGGGACAUGGGAAUCAGCUAUUUAUGGUCUUGCACAUGCAGAUGAGCUGCGUGAACUUCGAUCGAAGUUAUACCCUGAGCGACUUCCUAAUUUUGAACCGAAAUUAAAAACAAAAGGAAUUAUUCAUCGAAGUUCUAUAUCCGAUGGAUGGUCUGCGGUAUUUCCUGGCUCCGAUCGCUCAGUGGCACUUCGUUCACAACGUUUCUUGUAUGAAAAUUACAAACAGAGGCCAAUUCAAAUUCAAACUUACAUAACAUUCAAAUCUUUACUGUCGGUCCUGCAAGUAGCUUUCAUGGGAAUGAUAUUUUCGUUAUUAACCAAAUGUAGUUGUGGACGAAAGUUACUCUUAAAGUAUCCUUCCUUCUUUUCAGGCGGUUUUGUUAGCCAUGAAGGCCCAAGCAAAGAAACGAUGGAAAACUUACACUUUUCAAUAACAUUUAAAGCAAUUGGAUGGACUGAAAACUUAGCAGAGCCGACAGACAAGCAUGCAGAUCCUCCGAAUAAAGAAAUGAUCACUAAAGUGACUGGCAAGGAUCCGGGAUACGGGGCAACUUGUACUUGCUUAGUCUAUUCAGCUAUUACAAUUCUCAAAGAAGCCGAUAAGAUGCCUAAUAAUGGCGGUGUAUUCCCCCCUGGAGCCGCUUUCAGUAAAACAUCUUUAAUUGAAGAAUUAAAUAAAAACGGCCUGAAAUUUGAAGUCAUCUCGUCUAUCGAAAAGUAACGGCAUUUUGGCAGGUUCUAUUUGAUGUCGAUAUUUUCUUAUGUGACCAAAUUAACAGGGAUGUGAUUUAAACGAUGCUAAGAUUUAUGGUCGACUACGCAACUUAUUCACCAAAUAUUACUUUUAGUUGGCAAAAUUAUCGUGCGUUAAUUAGGAUAUUCGAGCAUGAAUGUUGCAAUUAUUGCUUGGACAGUUAUUCCUAAAUCUUCAAUGAAUGUGUAAGAGGCGUGGUACCACAAGAUAUAUUUAUUUUUGUUAUACGGAAUAUACUUUAAAAAAUAGUUGCGGGAAUCAACGUGACUACAGAGAGGGUAGAUCAAAAGUAUACACUGUUGACCGGUAUUUAAUAUAUCCCUACCAUUUCAUGAAAAACAUAACAUUACUUUGAAGAAAACGGAAACUAUUUGCGGGAAAGAAACUUAUUGAUUACUGAAUAAAUGUAAUAGAUCCUAUAAUCGACUUUAAUGGCUUUUCUGUUAUCAUAUUAAAAUUUUACAUUAUCGUACGGUACCUUUAAAGUGAUUGUCAAUUUUCUUAAUGCAAAUAGGAGAUUCAUUUGCGUAAUCUAUAACCACAGCCCUACCGCAAAGGGAAUUACGAGACCCUGAUUAAUAUAUAAAAAUCCAAGAAUAUCAACUCUACCCUCUCUAUGGUUUCAGGUGUCAGAAUCAUAUAUCAAUGUUGACGUUAUUAUUCAUUGAAUUUAUUAUUUAGACGGUUUACGAAGCUACGCAUUUGAAUAUCAUUUUCUACCAUUUCUUUUUACGAAUCUCUCCUAGAUAUUUCAAGCGUAACAUAUAGUGAUAUUAAUUUUUUAAAGCGGUGAAGAAAAUAAAAAUAUAUAUAUAUGUUUUCUACUUAUAUUCCACGGAGAAAAUCUGUAUCGCAUUAUCAAAAGCUAUUCGUCUAAGAAUUGUUGCCUGCACUACUCGCAGCUGGAAAAUGCAUUAACAAGAUUUACAAGCAAUUUACCAUAACUUAUUUAUUCCUCGAUGCAGAAUUUCCAUGUAAAACCACGCAACAAUUACUAAUGUACACGUAAUUAGUACACGUUACCAUUUACUGUCUUAGAAGUACACUUAAUUUUCGUAAAGCUUGUAUUACUUUCACAUUUAUACCGAAGUGUUUUAAUAAAAGUGAUAUUUACUAA